AAACAGACCUGAAUAUACAAACAUUCUGUUGGCGCUUGUACACGCUGAGGUCGUGCGUUUCAGUUAUAAGUUGGGAAAAACAUUUCGUUAACAGUGUUUUCUCCAUAGACGAUGUUGGAAAUCUGAGCCACAAAAGGAGAAAUUUCAGUGAUUUUGUGCGGUGCCCAAGAAGUACCGGAGUAUUGCCGUAUCCGCCGAGAAAGACCCCCAAGAUGCCGACAGUUCUCCCACAUAUUCUCCUCCUCACUACCCUCACCCUGACAUGGGCCUUACCACAAGGCGCCCCAAACUCUGAGCAAGUUUGCCACACCAUGACGCCCUACCAUGGAGGAGGAAUUCGACCGCAGGGGGGCAUUAGCCCCUAUGAGGUCCACCCUAGACGCCUCGGAGGGCGUGUUAUGAUAACAGUCACCUCAGGCCUGGGGAUACCAUUUCAGGGCUUCUUGAUGCAGGGCCGCACCCCUGAUGGGCAGGUGCUUGGCCAGUUCGAUUCUGCCUCGAUCAACGAAGGCCAUCCGCUGGACUGCCACGAUCCUGCUGAUUCUAUAACGCAUAACUCGCCCAGCGAUAAGAAUAGCAUAGAAGUGCAAUGGGCGCCGCCACCCGGCUUUGAAGGACCCGUCGUGUUCAAUCGCUCCUGGGCAUCCAGCUGCUCAACUCCAGCAUCGUCAAUGGCGUGAUCUACUGUAGGGUGCGAAGAGACGCUCUGACCAUCAUCAAUGGAAAACCGUUUGACUUGAUCGGACGCAAAUACAACUUGCUCAUAGCUUCAGGCUCCAGUGUUACACCCAACGCAGUGUCGUUUCACGACCAAACCUACCUGGCCAGUGCGCAGCCCCAAGCACUAGCCGACGUUUCGUCGCUGGCUGCCAAAUCGAAACUCCUCAUCAGACUGCAUGGGGCUUUCAUGUUAGCCGCCUGGUUGGGCACCGCCUCCAUCGGCAUCCUAUUGGCUAGAUACUACAGACAAACCUGGGUGGGGAAGCAGAUUAUGGGCAAGGAUAUCUGGUUUGCUUGGCACAGAACCUUCAUGGUGCUCACUUGGGCGCUCACCAUUGCAGCCUUUGUGCUGAUCUUCGUCGAGCUGAAAGCCUGGUCUGGCGAACGGAACCCGCAUGCGAUUUUAGGCACGCUGACGACCCUUCUUUGCUUCAUCCAGCCCAUCGGUGCCUACUUCCGGCCGCAUCCUGGUACUCCUAAGAGGGCCAUCUUCAACUGGCUGCACUGGAGUGUCGGAAAUGCCGCUCAUAUCAUCGCCAUUAUCACGCUGUUUUUUGCUGUGAAGCUCACCAAAGCCGAACUGCCCGAAUUUUUCGACUACAUCUUGGUGGCUUACGUGGUCGUUCACGUGGUCACCCACUUGGUGCUUUCGCUGAUGAACUGCAUUGCCGAAAGGUCUUCGGAACGGAGAGUCACCGCUUUCCCAAUGAAGGACCUUGGAGGCACUGGACGAAGUUCUGUGUAUGAAGAUAGGAGUGCGGAUGCACCG